CCGGUGCUCGGGAGCCCGAUGUGACCCGACAGAGAAAAUGGCGGCGGCGGCGGGGGAUCGCGCCUCGUCAUCGGGAUUAUCCUCAGGCGGCGGCGCGGAGGCGGCAGCCGCCGCCGCCUGCAGGAGCCUGAAAGGCGGCGCGGUGGCGGGGAGCGUCGCCGGGAGCGGCGGGGGGCUCUUGCGGGAGGCGGGCGGCGGCAGCCGAGAACAGCGCUCUGACUGGAGACGGAAGCAGCUGCGCAAAGUGCGGAGCGUGGAGCUGGACCGGCUGCCGGAGGCGCCCCUCUUCCUCGCCGCCGCCCCGGCCGCCUCCUCCUCUUCCUCCUCCUCCUCGCCGGAGCCCCCCGAGACGCUGCUGCUCCACUACCUGCCCGGGCCGCCGCGCUCCAGCCCCGCCAGCCCGGCUGCCUCCCCCAGCCGCUGCGCCGAGCUCCUGGAGCCGCUGCCGGCGGGGAGCCCGGCGGGGACGGACCCCGCCGCGGAGCGGAGGAUGGAGCCGUCCCCCGCCGCGAGUCGUGACAUGGAGAAUAAAGAAACCCUUAGGGGGUUGCAGAAGAUGGAUGACCGCCCAGAAGAGCGCAUGAUCAGGGAGAAACUCAAGGCAACAUGUAUGCCAGCCUGGAAGCAUGAAUGGCUGGAAAGAAGAAGCAGAAGAGGCCCUGUGGUGGUGAAACCUAUCCCUGGAAAAGUAGAUGGAUCAGAAAUGAACAAACUCUGUCUAGAUCCUCAAGCUGAAGGACAUAGCACUGCUUCUUCACCUACGCAAAAAGGAAGACGUAGUCCUUCUCCUAGCAGUUCCUCUUCAUCAUCUGCUAGGACAGUUAAAUCUGAGUCACCAGGUGUUAGAAGAAAAAGGGUAUCUCCAGUGCCUUUUCAGAGCGGACGGAUAACACCACCUCGACGAGCCCCAUCUCCAGAUGGCUUCUCUCCGUACAGCCCUGAGGAGACAAAUCGCCGUGUCAACAAAGUGAUGAGAGCCAGGCUGUACUUGCUGCAGCAGAUAGGACCCAACUCCUUUUUAAUUGGAGGCGACAGCCCUGAUAAUAAAUACAGAGUGUUUAUUGGGCCUCAGACUUGUAGCUGCGGCCGUGGGACGUUUUGUAUUCAUCUGCUGUUUGUUAUGCUGAGGGUCUUUCAGCUUGAACCCUCAGACCCAAUGCUCUGGAGAAAGACACUGAAAAACUUUGAGGUUGAGAGUUUGUUCCAGAAAUAUCACAGUAGGCGUAGCUCGAGGAUCAAAGCUCCAUCUCGUAACACCAUCCAGAAGUUUGUCUCACGCAUGUCAAAUUCUCAUACAUUGUCAUCAUCUAGUACUUCUACAUCUAGUUCAGAAAACAGUAUGAAGGAUGAAGAAGAACAGAUGUGCCCCAUUUGUUUGUUAGGCAUGCUGGAUGAGGAGAGUCUAACUGUGUGUGAAGAUGGCUGCAGAAACAAAUUACACCACCACUGCAUGUCAAUAUGGGCAGAAGAAUGCAGAAGAAACAGAGAGCCACUCAUCUGUCCACUCUGUAGAUCUAAAUGGAGAUCUCAUGAUUUCUAUAGUCAUGAAUUGCCAAGCCCUGUGGAUUCUUCUGUUCUCCGUAUGGUUCAGCAACAAUCUCAGCAGCAGUCAGCAGUUGGAUCACAGAGAAGAACUCAAGAUAGCAAUUUUAACCUUACUCAUUAUGGAGUCCAGCAGAUCCCUUCUACAUAUAAAGAUUCAGCUGAGCCAUGGAUUCAGGUAUUUGGGAUGGAGCUAGUUGGCUGCUUGUUUUCUCGAAACUGGAAUAUACGAGAGAUGGCACUUAGACGUCUUUCCCAUGAUGUUAGUGGUGCUCUAUUACUGGCUAAUGGUGAAAGCACUGGAAACUCUGGAAGCAGCAAUGGAAACAACACAAGUGCUGGAGCUCUGGGAGCAGCUAGUGGGUCAUCUCAGACCAGCAUCUCAGGAGAUGUGGUGGUAGAAUCCUGCUGCAGUGUGCUGUCCAUGGUCUGUGCUGACCCUGUCUACAAAGUGUAUGUUGCUGCUUUAAAAACUUUAAGAGCCAUGCUAGUGUACACUCCCUGUCACACUUUGGCAGAGAGGACUAAACUACAGCGACUUCUCAAGCCAGUUGUAGAGACAAUACUAGUUAAAUGUGCAGACGCUAACAGUCGAACAAGCCAACUUUCAGUCUCAACUCUAUUGGAGAUGUGUAAAGGUCAAGCGGGCGAGUUGGCAGUUGGGAGAGAAAUACUUAAAUCUGGGUCCAUUGGUAUUGGAGGUGUUGAUUACGUCUUAAACUGUAUUCUUGGAAAUGAAAUUGAAUCUAGCAACUGGCAAGCACUGCUGGGGCGACUUUGUCUAAUAGACAGACUUCUGUUGGAAUUUCCUAGUGAAUUUUAUCCGCAUAUUGUCUGUGGAGAUAUCUUGCAAGCUGAUACUGUAGUUGACAGGUAUAAGAAGCUUCUCUCCCUCUUAACUUUCGCCUUGCAGUCAAUUGACAAUUCCCACUCAAUGGUUGGCAAACUAUCAAGGAGAAUAUUUUUGAGUGCAGCAAGAAUGGUAGCAAGAGUGCCCCAUAUUUUUGUAAAGCUGUUAGAUAUGUUGAGUGUGACAAGCUCAACUCAUUAUGCAAGGAUGCGUCGACGUCUGAUGGCAAUAGCAGAUGAAAUGGAAAUUGCAGAAGCCAUUCAGCUGGGCAUGGAAGAAAUGCACUCUGGGGAAUGCCGACAUGAAGACUUUUUACACCUACCUGUGCCAGAUAACUCUCCAGAAACUACAGAAAAUAAUACUCCUAAUAAUACUGUCCAGUUAUCAGGGAAAAGUGGGAAAGGUUUAAGUGACAGAAAACUGAGUGCCAGUCCAGAUGACAUUUCUGAGAUGCUAGCUGGCCUUGCUAUGGGACUUCCUGUUUCAUCAGUAACCACUGAGCAACCAAAACCAGCCAUUCAAACAAAAGGAAAACCCCACAGUCAGUGUGUGAACUCUUCUCCCUCAUCCAGUCAUUCCCAGUCACUAUUCCCAACACUUCUGUCUCCAUCAAACCCAUCUGUACCAGCUGGCACUGUAACAGAUGUCUCUAAACUCAGACCUCAGGGAUUUGUUCCCUGCAAAAUCCCCUCACCUUCUCCUCAAACACAGCGGAAACUUUCUCUCCAGUUUCAGCGAAACUGUUCUGAAAGUAAAGAAUCUGAGAAACUCUCUCCAGUUUUCACCCAAGCCAGGCCAUUGCCAUCCAGUCAUGUACAUAGGCCAAAGCCAUCACGACCCACACCGAGUGAUGUGAACAAGCAAGGAGAAACCUUAAAAAGCAGUAUGACACUUGAUCUGAACGAUAUUUCACAGUGUGAUGGCAAUAGCAGUGCAGUUAUACCAAGUGAAGAGACAGUGUUCACACCAGUAGACGAGAAGUGCCGACUGGAUGUUAAUGCAGAGCUCAAUUCCAGUAUUGAGGACCUGCUUGAGGCCUCCAUGCCAACGAGUGAUGGCACAGUUACAUUCAAGUCUGAAGUUGCAGUUCUUUCUCCUGAGCGGGCAGAAAAUGAUGAUACUUACAAAGAUGAUGUAAAUCAUAAUCAAAAAUGCAAGGAAAAGAUGGAAGCUGAAGAGGAGGAAGCUUUAGCUAUUGCUAUGGCAAUGUCAGCAUCCCAAGAUGCCUUGCCAGUAAUUCCCCAACUACAGGUUGAAAAUGGUGAAGAUAUCAUAAUCAUUCAGCAGGAUACACCAGAAACCCUGCCUGGACAUACCAAAGCAAAACACCAUUACAGAGAAGAUGCAGAAUGGCUUAAAGGUCAGCAGAUUGGUCUUGGAGCUUUCUCUUCCUGUUACCAAGCUCAAGAUGUGGGAACAGGGACGUUAAUGGCUGUAAAACAGGUGACAUAUGUCAGGAACACAUCAUCUGAGCAAGAAGAGGUGGUUGAAGCACUGAGGGAAGAAAUAAGGAUGAUGAGUCAUCUGAACCAUCCUAACAUUAUUCGAAUGUUGGGUGCUACAUGCGAGAAGAGCAACUAUAACCUGUUUAUUGAAUGGAUGGCAGGGGGUUCAGUUGCUCAUUUGUUGAGUAAAUAUGGAGCCUUCAAAGAAUCGGUUAUUAUUAAUUACACAGAACAACUUUUACGUGGCCUUUCUUACCUCCAUGAGAAUCAGAUAAUCCAUAGAGAUGUUAAAGGUGCCAAUUUGCUAAUUGACAGCACAGGUCAUAGAUUAAGAAUUGCUGAUUUUGGAGCUGCAGCCAGGUUGGCAUCAAAAGGAACUGGUGCGGGGGAGUUUCAGGGACAAUUGUUGGGAACUAUUGCAUUUAUGGCACCAGAGGUUCUGAGAGGUCAGCAAUAUGGAAGGAGCUGUGAUGUGUGGAGUGUUGGUUGUGUUGUCAUAGAAAUGGCUUGUGCCAAACCUCCUUGGAAUGCAGAGAAACACUCCAAUCAUCUUGCUCUGAUAUUUAAGAUUGCUAGUGCAACUACUGCUCCAUCAAUCCCUACACAUCUGUCUCCGGGCUUGAAAGAUGUGACUCUUCGGUGUUUAGAACUUCAACCUCAGGACAGACCACCUUCAAGGGAGCUGCUGAAACACCCAGUCUUCCGUACUACAUGGUAGCUACUUAUUUGUAAGGCUAAAAUACUGAAGAAAAUGCUACUGAAUAUACAGUAACUGUCUUGCAGUGCAGUUACGUGCAGCAAAUUAUAUUAUUCUGCUGGCCUUAAUGAUAGAUACAUCAAGAGCAUAAGGCCAGUGGAGGACCCUACCUAAGUAUGUGAUUGACAAAUCAAGAUCUUUACCUAAGCUCAGUAUGCAACAUUUGACAAUUCAUGCAGAGAUUUGUAAACUGUGCCUUUUCAAACAUCUGGCUCUAGUUAACAUAAAAGCAUUUUUCCUUAAAUCUGCAUGAUUAUUUAGCAGGUAAGUGAUUUUUAUUUUAUUUAGAGCACUUUUUCAGCACUAUUAGAAGCUGAGGGGCUCAAGAUCUAUUUUAAUAUUGCAAUCACUGUUCAAUUUCACAUGUAGAUGCUCUGCAAUUAGUAAGUUUUCAAUACUGGUUAAAAGGACAUUCUGUAUCUGUCCCUUUUAAUUACCUGAUGCUCUCUGAGUAACAAAUCCAAAUAUUGAUGGAAACUUUAAAAAAAGCAUUUGCCUUCCUAUAAAGUAAGAGCAGGCACUCAUGGUUCACUGUGCAUUUACUGCUGGCCAUGUAAUUUCUUUUGAAAUCAAAGUUUUUCUUUGUAUUUUUAACUUUCAUGAAAAGGGGAUAUUUUAAAAUAGUCUUUAGAAAAAAAAGAUGCAAGCUGUGUCAUGGAAUAUUUUCCUGACGCAAGAGUUUUAAAACCAGAUUUGCUGGAAAUCUGGGAUAAAAUGCCACCUUCAACAAGGAUAUGUUGAAGGCUCUGAUAGUAUAGGUUAUUUAAUAAACAAGAUUGUUCUGUAUAAAGCAACUUAGUCUGAACCAUGCUAGAAGUUGUUGAGCCUUUUUUUCAUAUAGCAGUUUCUUCUGGCAAAUUGUGUAGAGAAGUUUCAUGUCAAGGGCCCCCCAAACCCAGCUUCCAUUAAAGUUUUUAUGGGAGACUUUGGCAUGUACUUCAGUGUGAGCAGGUGCCAAAUGAGCAAAUCUCAUUCUUUGUGUAAAGAAACUGAGGUUACAUUCUCUACUGAUAACAAGUUUUACCUGCUGUUUUCCUUCUGCCGUACAUCAUCUAUUUACUGUAGCCAUUAGUGGUAAUUUAAUUUGAAAAUGUUAAAAAUAUUACCAUAAGAAAGGUAUUUAUUUUAACAAGAAACAAACUUGGACUUGAAGAUCAAGAUAAAGUAAAAUGUGAAGUAAAGCUUCACCUGUAGUGCAAAACUUGUUGGUUUUUAGGAGAUGUGGGGUUUUUUUUUAAACAGUUUUUUAAAAAUUAUUUUAAAGGCAGGUUUUUAGAUUCUGAUGCAUGUAAUUCUGAAGGAAAAUGGCAGCUUUUUCUUUUGCUUUUUUAAAAAUGGGGAUCUUUUUUAAUCUAAUAAUGAUUGUGUUUAAUCCAUUUUGAAAAAAAAUACUGUUCAUGUUAUAACUCUUCAGAAGCCAGUUGGAUUGUUGGACUCAAAUAGAAUUGGUUAUUUUCAAAGACUCAGGACAAACUAAAUAAGCUAUAGUACCUUAAAAGUGUGUAAUACAAAUUGGAAGCAAGACAUCUUAAAGAUAAGUUUACAUGAAUGAUAGUGCACAUACUAAUAAAAAAAAACAAACCAUGUCAUUAGUUGUGAAUGUGUUUCUUUUGGAAAUUUUACAUUCCUUUGUUUUUGAAGAUUGGCAGACUUUGAAGAGUUAAAAAGAUAAUACCGAAAUGUGAAGUUUGGUAGCUCUGUUUUGUACUUGACUUUUUUUUGACCACUUUAGAAUUUCUCAUUCUAAUAAGAUUGUUUCCAAGUCUUUCCUAUGUGCAAGCUUUAAAGGAUGCACUCUUGCCAAUUCAUGUACUGGAAGAUCAGUUUUCAGAUUAAUACUGUUUCUGGCAGAAAUGUAAACUGUAUAAACUGAUGAACCUCAGCUAAUCAGUAUUACUAUGUAGAUCACCAUGCCUACCACAUUUCAAACUCAAACUGCCUCUUAGGAGUCCAAAUGCAUUUGUUUGAGUUUGCAUUUCUCUCGGCUUGCUGGUAAUUGUGGUGUUUUUAAAAUGGAGAUGUGAUGUAAUAUUCUUAUUUUCUUUGGAUCAAAGCUGGACUGAAAAUUGUAUUGUGUAAUUAUUUUUGUGUUCUUAAUGUUAUUUGGUACUUAAGUUGUAAAUAACGUCUACUGCUGUUUAUUCCAGUUUCUACUACCUCAGGUGUCCUAUAGAGUUUUCUUCUACCAAAGUUCACUUUCACAAUGAAAUUAUAUUUGCUAUGUGACUGAUUCCUAAGACUUCCAGGGCUUAAGGGCUAACUUCUAUUAGCACCUUACUGUGCAAGCAAAUUUUACAGAAAUCUCUGGGUUAAGAAAUUUGGCUUCAUUGUAUCCUUUGUUAUUUUAAAUAUAUCAAGAUAUUUUAAUUAAAAGUUUUUACCCCAUUGAACCAAUUUUAUAUAGUAUAAUUUGUACGUAUUUUGGUGUUUUUUGUCUUUAUAGUAAAUAAAAGUUUUUGAACAAACUUUGUCCUUUGCUUACUGUAAGACAAACAUAUUCCUUUUACUGAUGGAAAUAAAAUAUUUCUGGUACACUUCACUGUUUAUACACAAUUUCAUACACUUGAUAUAUCAAGACGUUUUCUAAUAAAGGGCAGCAACAAAGAUUAAUUUUUUAAAAUUCAUGAUAAAGGAACUUCUCUUAUGACAGCACUGUUGUCUAUGAAUCUCACUUGAUUAUGCCUUUAAGCCAGGAAUUGUCUAAAUUUUGCAUUACUGCAAAGGUAAUAAUUAUCUAUUCAAGUGAGCUGGUUAGGUCAGUUCUGGAGCCAUUGGAGUGUGUGUUGGAAGUCAAUCUGUUGUUUUAUGUUUCUGGUGAAAUUAUUCUGUUGCUUGAGAUUUUAAUAGCAAACAUAAACCCUUAUUAUCCAGGCAACCCAUAUAUUGCAAAGCUAGGACUUGUUUCAGUUCUCGUCUUUCUCCAGAUAUUUUUGAAAUUUUAAAAAUUAAUUAUUUUUUACGGAAACAGAUUUCAACUAUAGGCUUUCUUGUGACUAUAAAUAUUGUAUUUCGAAGGACUGCACUUUUAUUAUUUUUAUUAGGUGUGAUGCUUUCUGAAAUAGAUACAAGUGCAUCAAUUCAGAAAAAACUGGCAGCAGAAAUCUUCAAAUAAAUUAUAAUACCUGAUUUCUCAAAUCAGAAAAAUGUACUACCUGAAAUGUCAGAAAGGAAAAUACAUGGCAAGGAUUGAGUAGGAGAUAAACUUAUUAUAAUGUAUCUUUAUCUGAUUUACUGAAUC